AUGAGGGCUCUGCUGCUCCUGGGGGUCCUGCUGGUGAGCCUGGAGUCAGCAGUUUUGACUCCACCUUGGAAAGCCCCCAUGCAGAGCAAACUCAUAGAGAGUGAGCGCACAGUGGUUCUCACUGUCACUGGGGAGCCCUGCCACUUCCCCUUUCAGUACCACUGGUAGCUGUAUCACAAAUUUAUCCACAGAGGCUGGCCUGGCCCCGACCCUGGUAAGACUACCCUGGAAGGGUGUGCUACCACCCCCAACUUCAAGAAGGAUCAGCGAUGGGCAUACUGCCUGGAGCCAAAGAAAGUGAAAGAUCACUGCAGCAAACACAAACCCUGCCAGAAAGGAGAGACCUGUGUGAACAUGCCAAAUGGCCCACACUGCAUCUGUCCAGAUCACUUCACUGGGAAGCACGGCCAGAGAGAGAAGUGCUUUGAGCCCCAGCUUCUUUGGUUCUUCCAGGAGAAUGAAAUAUGGCACAGGCUUGAGCUGGCAGGUGUAGCCAAGUGCCAGUGCAAUGGUCCGAAUGCCCAGUGCAAGCCACUGGCCAGCCAGGUCUGCCGUACCAACCCAUGUCUCAAUGGGGGCAGCUGCCUACAGGCGGAGGGCCACCGCCUGUGCAGUUGCCCCACGGGCUACGCUGGACGCUUGUGCGAAGUGGACCACAAGGCGAACUGUUACGACGACCGCGACUACGGGCUCAGCUACCGCGGCGUGGCCCGGACUAAGCUCUGGGGUGCACCCUGUCAGCCGUGGGCCUCCGAGGCCACCUACUGGAAUGUGACCGCAGAGCAAGCGCUGAACGGGAGACUGGGCGACCACGCCUUCUGCCGGAACCAGGACAACGACACCCGCCCGUGGUGCUUUGUUUGGAGAGGCGACCGACUAAGCUCGAAUUAUUGCCGCCUGGCACUGUGCCAGGCCCCAGCCCCGGCGGCGCCCCAAAUCCCUCCUCCGAUCCGGAUCUCAUCUGGGCACCAGUACUUCCCUUUGCCCUCGCUUUCGGCUUUGCAGAAACCUCAGUCCACGACCCAGACCCCGCUUCGACCCCUGACCUCAGGUUGCUGGUGCUCGCCGCCCGAGCAGCGGACUCCCCUGCCCAGCGCGGGCCCGGCGGGCUGUGGACGGUGGCUCCACAAACGGCUGUCCUCGCUGAGCCGCGUCGUCGGGGGACUGAUGGCGCUCCCCGGGGCGCACCCCUACAUCGCCGCGCUGUAACAGGGCCAAAAUUUCUGCACCGGCAGCCUCAUCGCCCCCUGUUGAGUGCUGACCGCGGCUCACUGCCUGCAGAACCGACCUGCGCCAGAGGAGCUGACAGUGGUGCUCGGCCAGGACCGCCAUAACCAGAGCUAUGAGCAGUGCCAGACGCUGGCCGUGCGUGCCUACCCCCUGCACGAGGCCUUCUCGGUUAUCACCUACCAGCACGACCUGGCUCUGGUGCGCCUGCAGGAGAGCGCUGAAGGCUGCUGCGCGCACCCGUCGCCUUUCGUUCAGCCAGUGUGCCUGCCAAGUAGCGCCGCCCUCCCGGCCGAAUCUGAAGCCGCGCUCUGCGAAGUGGCCGGCUGGGGUCACCAGUUAGAAGGGCCAGGGUAAUACUCCAGCUUCCUGCAGUAGACUCAGGUGCCGCUCAUCCAUCCGGAGCGUUGCUCCGCCCCCGACGUGCACGGAGCCGCCUUCAUCCCCGGCAUGCUCUGCGCUGGCUUCCUCGAGGGUGGCACUGACGCGUGCCAGGGUAACUCCAGGGGCCCUCUGGUGUGUGAGGAUGAGACCGCAGAGCGCCAGCUCAUCCUGCGAGGCAUCGUCAGCUGGGGUUCAGGUUGCGGCGACCACCACAUGCCAGGUGUAUACACCGACGUGGCCAACUACCUAGCCUGGAUCCGGGAGCACACCGCUUCCUGACCGCCCCGGGACUCGUCUUUCCCUCCUGGGCAAUUCUGGAAUGGAAGUGUGGCUGAGGCUUGAUCAUGGAUAGCAAGGAAUGUGUUCCAUUCCCCCCAGCGCUGCCAGCCCGGCUCCAGGCAUGGCAUAGAAAUCA